AACUCAGCCAUCGGGAAAAACCUUGUCUUGUGCAUGCGAGAAAAACACACGUCGUCUCCUUGUUUAUUCCCCUUGAAAACUAGUGUUCAUCCCGGCCUCUCUAAAAAAUAACUAUGGCUCGAGGCCACCAGAAAAUUCAGUCGCAACAGAAGGCGCAAGAGAAACAGGCCAAAAUGAAGAAACAGCAGGGCCACGGGCUGAGCGACCAGAUGAAGGCCGCCCAGAAGGCGCUCGUGUUUUCCUGCGCCGUUUGUAAAUCGCAGAUGCCCGACCCAAAAACGUACAAACAGCACUUUGAAAACAAACAUCCCAAAAAUGACCUACCGGAGGAGCUGAAGGACGUAUAAAAGAAACCUUGGUCAGCCAACCAACAGACAGACCAGUCGUUCCUCCAAUGUACGGUGCCGUAGGCGGCAAUGAAGCGGCGCCGUCUCGAUUUUUCUUUUCCCCAAGUUCUCAGUGACCGCACACAGGCCGUUGUGUUCGCCAAUCAAUCCACGUGCUUUCUGGAAACAGAAAAAAGUAGACAAUUUACCGCACGCUCCCCACGAGCAUAAUGCAUCCAGUGUACUGAUAAGUGGCGCGCGCAACUGAUUUGUUCCGAUUCCUCUCGGAGUCAUGCUACCAAUUUUUAAUCCAAUUUCAACCACUCUUUGAUAAUCGUAUGAUAAAUGAAUAAACUAAUA